CUGCUUUUCCACAGACGCUUUUACAGGCAUAAUGAAAUCAUAGAGGAGGCACCAAACACCUAUCAGGAGUCCUUUAACCGAAUGUUUUUUCUCUUCAGUCUGUGGGCUUAAAGCGUGUAUUCAAUCCAAUGAAGGAGGAAGGGGAUGUUGACAUACCCCAGACAUUGCCUUCUGGGCCCAGUGCCUUUAUCCCUGUUGAAGAGAUUCUGGAGGAAGGGCCUGCACAAGAGAUGAUGUCAGGUCUGUUGUCAGACGGGCGUGUGGAUCAUGUCACCAUGGCAAUGGGGCUGCAUUCCUCCUACCUGGCCUGUUUCCUUCGCACCCAGCAUGCUUUGCUGCAGCUGGAUGGUCCCUUGCCUUUGUCGUGGAGACAUUUUAUAAUUAUUUUGGCGUCUGCACGGCAUCAGUGUUCGUACCUAGUGCAGCAUCACACCGCUGCUUUUCUAUUUGCCGGAGGAGACGAGACUUGGCUCAGGGGACUACACUGUGCACCACCUAAAAUUCAACGCCUGCAGACUCUUAACAAGCUACUUGCACACAGACCUUGGAUCAUCAACCAGGAACACAUACAGGAGUUGGUUUGUCCUGGUGCAGAGGCCCGGUGGUCACUGGCAGAGUUGAUUCAGGCGGUGGUUUUAAUGAGUCACACCCACUCUUUGGUCUCUUUUGUUUGGGGGUGUGGAAUUCUUCCAGAGCCCGCGCAGUCAGGUGAUCAGGUCCAAUGUUCGCCUACAGAGUCAUGCUGUUCUGUCCGAGACGAAGCUAAAAAUCAACAAGAGUGGUCUGAAGCCGUGAACGAGGUUCAGCUUUUGAUGGAGAAGAUGAGGAUGGUCCAACAGCUUGGUGAAGAAUUUACACAGGAGGAGAUGGUGACUCGCUUUGAAAGAGAGAGAACUGAGAGUUUAUUGGAACCUGCCGAUGUCCAGCAUUCUGUUCUUCCCGAUUGUGUGUCACGGUUUGUUGUGGAUGCAGAUUUUACGUACCAGGAUUUCAGUCCCAGAGGAGAACAGGCCCCCCCAACCAUGAGAGCUCAGGACUAUUCGUGGGAGGAUCACGGGUUUUCACUGAUGAACAGGUUGUAUGGUGAGAUGGCACAGCUUCUGGAUGAGAAGUUUCAGGUGGUGUGUGCGCUAACAUAUCACACCAUGGCCAUGCACUCAGAUGUGGACACCUCCACUCUGCGCAAAGCCAUCUGGAACUACAUUCAUUGCAUCUAUGGCAUCAGGUAUGAUGACUAUAACUACGGGGAUGUGAAUCAGUUGUUGGAGCGCAGUUUAAAAGUAUAUGUUAAAACAGUUGCUUGUCACCCUGAGAAAACCACACCAAAAAUGUACUUCUCGUUUUGGAGACAGUUCCGGCACUCAGAAAAGGUCCACGUGAACCUAUUAGUGAUGGAGGCACGACUGCAGGCAGCUUUACUCUAUGCACUGAGAGCAAUUACACGCUACAUGACCUAAAAAGCACACAUGCUUUCAUAAACAGCAGUAAAGAAAGGAAGGACACAUGUACACACGCUCUAUUUGCAACCCCAGUUGUUCUUAAUAUGACACACACUUUAAAGCACACAGUAGCGUCUGUCGUUUCCUUUUCUUGUGUCUUUGCAAUACUUUUUUGCCUGUAUGGCACAGUUAAUGAUCGUCUGGGAGGGGGGAAUUUUGCACAUGAACAGCCUCUCUGUGACCUCUCUCUUAUUGUACUGUGAAUUUGUGUUUUUCAGACUGCAGUAUUUCGUUUUUGCGUGUAUGUUGAUGAACUUUGAGUUAACACUAAGCAACCUUUGUUGCCUCUUUCUCUCUCAGAUUGAGAGCUGACUUACAGCGGGCUAAACUGGAUGAAACAAGCACAUUUUCGUUGUUUGUCUUUAAAACGUUUUUAGAAAUAAUAAAAUAUUUUAUUAUGAGA